AUGGCUCGAGACCUCGAAAAUGAAAGCAAUUUGCCUACGCCAAGUACAUAGGAACUAAAAUUAUCUUUAAAAAAAAUUCUCUUUAAAAGUGAGUUAGCGGGCAGUAGAAAAAUUAAGGUGGUGAGUUUCACUGAAAUAGAACGAAAUCAGUAUCUUCGUUGACAACUCGACUAUAGGCUUUUUAACAGGUUAAUCAACAAACAAAGAAACAAACAAGUAAACAAACUAAAAGAAAAAGACAUUUUUUAAAAUACUGUUUCUCGUGGGUGCCGUACUGGACGAUGGCCGAACCAAAUUCCAUAUAUAUGGAGCAUACAAUGACUUUCAAAGACUCCCUCAGAGCUCCUACGUGUUCUGUGGGUGAAUAUACUAGAUUUUUUUAUUUAAUCAUUAAAGGAUUGUGACGUCUCGACUACAGCAACGCUUGGGUAAUCCGGCCGGAGACCGUGCGUUCGAUUCGCACCACUGCGAACCUAACAUAGAGUUGGCGGGAGCGGUUUUUAGCUAGUGGGAUGCGGGAUGAAAGAAAAUUUAAGGGCGGGAUGCGGGAAGUUCGUCAUUUUCAUGGCGGGUCGCGGGAAAUCUUGAUUUUUUCCGGGCGGGAAACAGGAUAGAUAGUGACAAUACACUAGAAUAUUUCACGAUUUCGUGAAGAAAAUCUAGUCUGGAAGUUUACAUAGGUGAAAUCUGAAAUCAGUUCUGCAUCUUUUAAAUAAAAGUGUCUUUUUUUGUCUGAUUUUAAGACCGCGCAUGUCAUGUACAUUCUGAAUCAAGCCUUUGCGCAGCUCCUCAUACUGUUGCUUUACAUGAAGGAGGAAUCACAUUCUAUGAUCCUGAGAAUAGUAGACCGCUGAAAUUAUGGUUAUAUGGAGAAAAGAUUGAAACGUCCGCAGGUGGAGUAUUGCAGGUAAUGUAAUGGAACAGCGUAAACAAUCCUAAUUUUUCCAAACCACUACGGUCUGUCCUUGGAAAGCAAAGGAGUUGCCUUAAGAUUUUCACAAAGCUUAGAAAUUAAAAAUAGCCUGACUUCUUUGAGUUGUUGAUGCUUUUUAGCCUUCAUUCGGCUUUUUUUUCCUGUUCAUGGAAAGCAGGAAGAAUUCAGCCGGUACAAUCUACCAACAGCCAUUUUAAGAGCUGGGGACUGUCUUCCUUUUUUGAAGGAGAAUGUAUCAUCCAUCAGAAACAUAUACAUGGAGUGCGUUCUGCCACAGACUUUGAAUGUUCCUCAUGGAGGUGUUGCUACUACGAUGGGACUUGGAACAUUUCCAACAAAUAUGGAACAAUUUUCCUACAACAACACGAAUUUCUUGAGUUGUAUGACCCUUGACAUGGAGAAUCUGCACGUUUUUGUUCAUCACAAGAAAUAG